AUGCCAAAUCCCGAUGACUCUGGCGAGCAGUAUCAAACCUCCACAACCGUCGGACUUCCCUCCCAAGACAGUCCUUUCACCACCGACGUAGGUAGUCCUCCGCAUUCUCCAGCAGGACCAAGCGACGCUGCCGGAUCCACUCUCAUCUCCUCGGAGACACAGCCGAGCACUAUGAGAACCAUUUACUCAAGUCCUCCUACGGAAUGGACGAUGCCCUCGGCUACGGUCAGCAGCGAAGCUUCCUAUACCACCCAGACCGAACUUGGCAGUGGAACGCUCCCAUCGCCUGGUACAACCUACGAAAGUACCGCUGAGACCGCGGGAUCUCCACCCAACUCGCUGGCAUCUACAGAGACGCCCGAUGUUACUUCGAAAGCUGGGCCUGUGGUUGUGAUCGGGACGGAGACCUUGACACUCCCUGAGAUUAUCUCAUCGACAACUUUCACUACUAUAGAUCACACUUUCACUAUUGCACCCCCAGAUGAGGGAGGCUUCACACAGUACCCAACUAUUGUUGUCAUUGGAUCCGAAACCGCUACCCUACCCCCAGUCUCAGAAGCGACGACAAUGGUUACCUUGGACUCAACCUUUACCCUCUUACCGCCAACAUCUCCCAGUGACACUUCUGUAUCAAGAUCUUCUGAUGGAACCACAACUCCAACCUCGCCAAAUACCUCCCAUACAACUCAUGCACCUACGGCACCACAAUCAACAGCUUCAAUGCCCCCCGAGACUACGGGCCCCGCCAUCAACCCGUCUUUUUCAAUACAGCCAUCUUUGUUGCCGACAAAACCAGGAGCGAAUUCGACAGAAUCUGUCAUUGCCAUCAUAGGGACGGAAACCUUGCAUCUCCCGCGGGUAACCCUCGACAGCACCAUAACUACGAAAGGCCGGACCAUCACUCUCGUGUCUGGAGGCCCACCGACCAUCACUAUAGUCGAGCCAUCCGAAGAGCCAUCGCCCACUGGAACAUCGUCUACUGCGGAUUUUGCCACCUUCACAACAUGGCCCCCACAAGCUCUCAUAACGCCCGUCGAAAUUAGUGUGAAGAAGCCGGAGCCCUCAGAAGACGAAGAGAGCUCUGUCAUUCCGUGUGACCUAUGGUUCUUCUCGAUUUGCAUUCGCUUUGACGACAUCAACAUUCUCGGGUGGAAGGUGAUAUUGCCACCUGGAAUAUAUCCUCCGAAUUUGAAGCUUGAUCAGAUAAUCAAGCUUCCCCAAUCGAUUGUGAUUCAUGGAGAGUUGCCGCCAUGGCCCAAAUUCACUGUUGGUCAGGACCAUGUCCCUACAUUUCCUUCGGAGCCUGAGCCCACCAAGUGCGAGACAAAGACAGCGUCCCUCUGCGCUACAGCAACGCCAGUAGUCGUGUCGACCAUAGAAGGACAACUGAGAACCUUGACGACUGGAGCACCUACUUCUACCUGUGCCGAAAUGCGCGGUUGUCUCGUUGCAGAUUCCACUCAUGAAGCAACCAUUACGAAGACCGCGGAAUGUGAGACUGCAACUGCCACCGACAUCGUUGUCACUUGUAGUGGAAGCGGGACGACGGCUUGCUUGACGAAAACAGGACUUCCCAAAACAGGCUGCGAUGUCACAGCCACUACGACGACGGUGUCCUGCACCCCGGUGCCAACCGGAGGCCAGAGAAGGCAGGCGAUUGAAGGCGCAGCUCCUGCGUGCCCUAUGACGGACAAAUACAUUGUUUGGCCGCAGGAUGGCACUAGAACUGACGAUACCUCAACAAUUCUCAUCGAAAUACAGCGUAUCCUUUCUUCCGAUGCUGAGAUUGUAGCCUCGGAUACUAAAGAUUUGGGUGUCAACUUCUGGCGAGUGCUCAUGGAUUCGGAUCAGGCAGAUGAAGUCAGGCACAUUGCAAACGUUGCAUCUGUUUAUCGAGAAUGUACAUCAGAGUGUUCAGACCCGACGAUGCAGGAUUCGAAGAUAUCCUGGCGAUACCAAAGCCAAUACCUUGAUGAGCAAAUUUACGCAACAAACCACAUGAAACAGAUGGCGUACAUCUCGGCAAACAAGGGAUCGGACAACAAGAGAUACAAUGAACACUAUUAUUUCGACAUCAGUGCUGGAGAAGAUAUUCCUGUCUACAUCGUUGACACUGGGGCUCAGAUGGACCACAUUGAAUUCACUUUGAGGGAUAACAUAGCUUCUAAGACUGAAUUCAUUUUCGUCGGCGAAGACAUUGAUGGUCAGCAAAACCGAGAUGAUUCGAAUAUUCAACAGAAUGGCGAGUGUGCCUCACCGGUGCAUUGUAAAGCGCACGGCACGGCGAUGUUGAGCAUUAUUGCUGGAGCAAACAUUGGAAUUGCGAAGAAGGUGAAGCCUAUUAUGGUACGCGUCCCACGACGUCAAAAGAAAGGAGGUGGUGCCAGUCCGGAGCAGUGGUUAAGUGCCUUGUCUGCUGUUGAUGAUGCCAUUCCAGAUAAAAGCGGUACUACGAGAGCAAUUCUCUGCAUGGCACAGGGCCAUCAGUCUGAGGAUUUUCGGAGAGAUUGGGUAAAGAAGAACAAGGAAAAGGUACAAGAUGCUGAGAAGGAGGCCUUUGAACAAUGGGCCCGGUUCAGGCUCCGCAUGCACCGGAUUCUCACCAGUCUCAUCGCCAAAGGAGUUUUCAUUGUCACUGGUUCUGGCAACGCUUUUGUGUUGAAUACCUUGCCCGCUGAAUUUGCACCCGAACACCAGAAGGAUUACUCCCUCUCGAUCCCAGAGUUAUUGGUUGUGGGGGCAGCUGAUAUAAGUGACGGAAGUAGAUGGUGGAAGUCGGGGUUAGGGACAGCUGGUGUGCCUCAUAUUUAUGCGCCUGGGGAAAAGCUUAUUGUUGCCGAGGGAAACAAAGCCGCCUGGCCCGGUAGAGCUGAGGACAACGACAAGCCCACGCAGAGGAGGCAGACCGGCGACAAGAAGAGCUUUUACAAAUUCUCCCAGGGGACUUCGGAUGCAACUGCGUACACGGCCGGACUUGCAGCCUACUUCCUCAAAUUGCACCAGCUUGGACGUCUAGGUCCUGACGCAAAGGGAAACCCGCCUGAUAUGAGUCCAGCUGGUCUCAAGAGGUACAUCAUUAACAACGGCUGGGUGCGACAGAAUGAGGACAACAACGGCGUAUUGGGAAUCUGGAAUGGCGCGACUAUCGAGAGCCUGGAGCGCGAAGGAUUUUGUCCGUACAUCGCAGGCACCACCAACAUAUUCCGACUUCGGCGACAGGAGGAUGCGGCUUUGACUGGUCAAUGUGUUCCCGGCACUUCUCCAACAGCUUCUGCAGGCUCAACGCGCAAUCCAUCAGCAACAGCAACACCCACAGGCAGCGGCACAGUGGCACCCACUGCCAUUCCAACGACCUUCGUCUGCACCGAGGAGACUGCUGACAAGUGCGCUCCCGGCGUCGUUUGUAGUAAGCCUAAGGUAAACGGGUGCGUCGAUGGCAAGUGCGUCUGUGUUCUUCCCGAUCUGCCAGCACCCGCGAGUUUUGUCUGCACGGAGAGGACAGUCGACAAGUGUUCCCCUGGAGUCGUCUGCAGUGCACCUCAGACCAACGGUUGCGUCGACGGGAAAUGUGUCUGCGUCUUACCCGACCUGCCUUCCAAGACUACGGCCGUUCAGACCACUCUGUCUACUGUCACCUCGAAGCCACCCGAUCCCGUACCGACUCCACCAGAGAAGCCGAAGACGCCAGUUGUGAUCGGCGAGCGUAAGUGCCAUGACGCCAGCAUUUACACUGGUAAAACGGACAUUUGGAAAUCUUCGGUAUAUGACGCUUCAUUAAGAGCCUGCACCGAAUGCGAAACUCCGAUGAAAGCUGAUUCAGAGACCCGAAGGCGAGACGACAGUUGGGGCGGUGUCCGCUAUGACAUGUCAAUCAGCUGGAGGUCAGGGUGCGUGUCAGCAACCGAAUCUAUCAAUUGCGCAAAUCCUACGAAAAACCUCACAAUGCUUCAUAAUACCGCUUGCGAGGAACUCUUCCAGGACAAUUGGGAAAAAUGUACGGGAAAUCAGGGCCGAGGUGGCUACAUUGACGUUGGGUGCUUACGAUAUGACUUUACGCCAAAGUAA